UUGGUUUUGAAAGCUAGCUGCCCCGCGGCCAAUUCGAAUAGAAUGCACCCAGCAGUAGUACUCUAGCUAGCUGACUGCAAUAGAGCCACACUCAUUUUCCAUUCAACAACAGUCGAGUUACACAACGACAUUGGAAGAACGGGAACAAUGGAGGAUUACUUGAAAAUAGAGAAAAUCGGAGAGGGUACCUAUGGGGUUGUGUACAAAGGAAGACACAAGUCGACAGGCCAGGUGGUGGCCAUGAAGAAGAUCCGACUGGAGAGUGAGGAGGAGGGAGUGCCAAGCACGGCUGUUAGAGAGAUCUCUCUGCUCAAAGAGCUAGCGCACCCUAAUGUUGUACGGCUUCUAGAUGUGCUGAUGCAGGAGUCCAGACUGUACCUCAUCUUUGAGUUCCUUUCCAUGGACCUGAAGAAAUACCUAGACUCUAUCCCCUCGGGCCAGUACAUGGACCCCAUGCUUGUGAAGAGCUAUCUGUACCAGAUCUUGGAGGGCAUCCUGUUCUGCCACUGUAGAAGGGUCCUCCACAGAGACCUGAAGCCCCAGAACCUGCUGAUUGACAACAAGGGAGUGAUCAAGUUGGCAGACUUUGGGUUGGCCAGGGCCUUCGGGGUGCCAGUCCGGGUAUAUACCCACGAGGUUGUGACACUGUGGUACAGGGCUCCUGAGGUUCUGCUGGGGGCUGCACGGUACUCCACCCCUGUGGAUGUCUGGAGUAUCGGGACAAUCUUUGCAGAGUUGGCCACAAAGAAACCACUUUUCCAUGGAGACUCAGAGAUUGACCAGCUCUUCAGGAUCUUCAGGACCCUUGGUACUCCCAACAAUGACAUCUGGCCAGAGGUGGAAUCUCUGCCUGACUACAAGAACACGUUCCCCAAGUGGAAGUCAGGGAACCUGUCCUCCAUGGUGAAGAACCUAGACAAGAAUGGCAUUGAUCUGCUCGCUAAAACGCUGAUCUAUGACCCACCCAAGAGGAUCUCUGCCAGACAGGCUAUGAGCCAUCCAUACUUUGAUGACCUGGACAAAACCACUCUACCUGCCAGCACGGUCAAGAUGUAAAUGCCACAUGGCUCUACUCAAAGGACCUGAGAGAGUACAAUUAUGGAAGCGUAUUGCUCCAUAAUCUGUACAUGUUUUUUGUUGUAUGUUUGUCCUUUCUUUGUUUGUCCUUUUUCUAUCUAAUAUGAUUCAUUAUUCUGUAAAUAACGUUUAUGUUAAAAAAUAUACAUACAUGGGAAUUAAAUCACAAAAGUUAUUUUUAUGUGCACUACGUCAUCAGGCACAGCCAUUUAUCCCCAAUAAACCAGUUUGAUGGAAACAUCUCGGGUGGGAAUAUUGUUCUAUGCAGAUUUUAGAAUAUUUGCAUGAAAAUCUGUCGCCAAUUGGAUGGAAACCUAGUUAGUGCCACGUAUUCCCAAACUGAAAUGAAGUCGGUGUGCAUCCUGCUUGGUGUUCUAAAUGUGAUAAUUACUCCACUGAUAAGGUGGUCAGUUAUGGAUGUCUUACCUAGCAGGACAGGGAUGUUCCUGUCUCUGUUAAAAGGAAAAGGAAAAAUUGGAGAGUGAUUUGUGUGAUAACCCCCCCCCCCCCACACCUCCAAUAAAGUAGGAAAUUACCUUUUA